GCGGCUCUGUGGAAAAGAGGUAGCAGGAUAAGCAAUAAUCACAUGACUAGAACCGCUUGAAAGGGGUAGUUGGUGUUUCCUGAAACUGAUAAUCAUGCCCACUACGCAGCAGUCUCCCCAGGAUGAACAGGAAAAGCUGCUGGAUGAGGCAGUGCAGGCUGUCAAGGUCCAGUCCUUUCAGAUGAAACGCUGCCUGGACAAGAGUAAGCUGAUGGAUGCCCUGAAACAUGCCUCCAACAUGCUCGGGGAGCUGAGGACAUCCAUGUUGUCUCCAAAGAGUUACUAUGAGCUCUACAUGGCUAUCUCUGAUGAACUGCACUACCUGGAGGUCUACCUGACUGACGAGUUUGCGAAAGGCAGGAAGGUGGCGGAUCUCUACGAGCUGGUUCAGUAUGCUGGGAACAUCAUCCCCAGGCUGUACUUGCUGAUCACCGUGGGCGUGGUGUACGUGCGGUCCUUUCCCCAGUCUCGGAAGGACAUCCUGAAGGAUCUGGUGGAGAUGUGCCGGGGGGUCCAGCAUCCGCUGCGAGGGCUCUUCCUGAGGAACUACCUGCUGCAGUGUACCCGGAACAUUCUGCCAGACGACGGAGAGCAGCCUGAGGAGGAGACGACGGGAGACAUCAACGACUCCAUCGACUUUGUGCUGCUGAACUUUGCGGAGAUGAACAAGCUGUGGGUGCGCAUGCAGCACCAGGGACACAGCCGGGACCGGGAGAAGAGGGAGAAGGAGCGCCAAGAGCUCCGCAUCCUGGUGGGCACCAACCUGGUGCGCCUCAGCCAACUGGAGGGGGUCAACGUGGACAAGUACAAACAGAUUGUACUGUCUGGAGUCCUGGAGCAGGUGGUGAACUGCAGGGAUUCUCUGGCUCAGGAGUACCUUAUGGAAUGUAUUAUACAGGUUUUUCCUGACGAGUUCCACCUCCAGACGCUGAACCCUUUUCUCCGCUCCUGCGCCGAGCUACAUCAGCACGUGAACGUGAAGAAUAUCAUCAUCGCUCUCAUUGACAGAUUAGCUUUAUUCGCUCACAGAGAAGAUGGUCCUGGCAUCCCUGCCGAUAUUAAAUUAUUUGACAUAUUCUCACAACAAGUAGCUACAGUUAUACAGUCACGACAGGAUAUGCCUUCAGAGGAUGUGGUCUCUCUGCAAGUGUCUCUCAUCAACUUGGCCAUGAAGUGUUACCCUGACCGAGUGGACUAUGUGGACAAAGUUUUAGAGAGCACUGUAGAGAUCUUCAACAAGCUAAACCUGGAGCACAUUGCAACCAGUAGCGCCGUGUCAAAAGAAUUAACAAGACUACUGAAGAUCCCUGUGGAUACCUACAAUAACAUCCUGACAGUUCUUCAGCUCAAACAUUUCCACCCUCUCUUUGAGUACUUUGACUAUGAAUCCCGCAAGAGCAUGAGCUGUUAUGUCCUGAGCAACACCUUGGACUACAGCACAGAGAUCAUAGCACAAGAACAGGUGGAUGCCAUCCUUAACCUGGUGUCAACGCUGAUCCAAGAUCAGCCUGACCAGCCUGCGGAGGACCCUGAUCCUGAGGACUUUGCCGAGGAGCAGAGUCUGGUGGGCCGCUUCAUCCACCUGCUCCGCUCGGAGGACCCGGACCAGCAGUACUUAAUUUUAAAUACAGCCAGGAAACACUUUGGAGCAGGUGGGAACCAGAGGAUCCGCUACACACUGCCACCUUUGGUUUUUGCUGCGUAUCAGCUGGCUUUCCGCUACAAAGAGAACUCCAAGACGGAUGACAAGUGGGAGAAGAAGUGCCAGAAGAUCUUCUCCUUCGCUCACCAGACCAUCAGCGCUCUGAUCAAGGCUGAGCUGGCGGAGCUCCCACUCAGGCUCUUCCUCCAGGGGGCGCUGGCGGCCGGCCAAAUUGGCUUUGAGAACCAUGAGACGGUGGCGUACGAGUUCAUGUCUCAGGCGUUCUCCCUGUACGAAGACGAGAUCAGCGACUCCAAGGCCCAGCUGGCGGCCAUCACGCUGAUCAUCGGCACGUUCGAGAGGACCAAGUGCUUCAGCGAGGAGAACCACGAGCCCCUCCGGACGCAGUGCGCGCUGGCUGCCUCCAAGCUCCUGAAGAAGCCCGACCAAUGCCGCGCGGUCAGCAUCUGUGCCCACCUCUUCUGGUCCGGCCACAACACCGACAAGAACGGAGAGGAGAUACGUGAUGGAAAGAGAGUCAUGGAGUGUCUGAAGAAAGCUCUGAAAAUCGCCAACCAGUGCAUGGAUCCGUCACUGCAGGUCCAGCUCUUCAUCGAGAUCCUCAACAGAUACAUCUACUUCUACGAGAAGGAGAACGACGCGGUGACUGUCCAGGUGCUAAACCAGCUGAUCCAGAAGAUCCGGGAAGAUCUCCCGAACCUGGAAGCCAGCGAGGAGACAGAGCAGAUCAACAAACACUUCCACAACACACUGGAACACCUGCGCGUGCGCAGGGAGUCGCCCGAGUCCGAGGGCCCCAACUACGAGGGCCUGGUCCUGUAGGGCCCCCCCCACUCCCCCCCCCGUGCACGACCGGCCAUUCCAUCCGGCGGUAACCGCCAAGCCCCCCCACGCUUCUCCCUGUCCUCCAUCUUUACUCUUCCUCUUUUUUAACCACAGCCUCGCUAUCCUAGCGCUAGGUUCUCUUUCCCAUAGAGCGGGCCUUUUCAAGGUGCCCAGAAUACGAGGUGCCCAGUCUACACUGCUUAGCACUCGUUUGGCACCAUCAUUCCAGAUCCGUUUACGCUGUAUACGCGUGGUCCUGUGGUCUCCAUCAGACUGUGUCCAGGGGGCGUCCCUUUAUUCCAGUAACCGUUUUUAUGUUCCGUAUCCUCGCUUCUGUAUAGUCCAGGCACUGCUGGGUGGUCCACGGUGGCACCAGCAGAGACGUGUCUGUCACUCAACGACCGGAGAAAUAUUACCAUUAUUAAUAUGGGGGUGGCAACGUCACUCAUCUGUGUUUUGUGGUUGUUCUGGUUUUGGUUAAAAUUUUUAGGAAACACCCAUUUUUAUUUGUCUAACGAUGAUUAAGAAUGCACUGAUGCAUGCAUCUGUGUAUGUGUGUGCCUGUAUGUAUAGAUAUGUAACUGGAUCAGCUGUUAACAGGAGCCAUAUGCAGUCCCUUGUGAUUAUCUUGGCAUUAUCUUGGCAUUGGUAACUAGACUAAGUUCCACCAUCUUGCAAAUAUCCACCUCAAUUGGAAGAGGGACUGGUUUUCUUUUUUUGGGGGGUGGGAGUUGGGGGGGAUGUUCCUCUACAUAGUUUAUGCAUAACCUAACUGUAAACCAGUAAAAAAGAAAACAAUUAAAGAUCAUCCGUAUCACAUCAUUUGCACAAAUAAACAAUUGAUUGCUAUUAAUCAUAGAUUAAUUCCUUUAUGCUGCCAAGUAGUUUAAAUGUCAAAAUGAAGUGUUAAUAUUGAAUGACAAUAUAAAUGUACUCCAUUGUAUGUUAAAUUCUUUAUUGCAGAUUUUUUGUCAUCAUAAAUGUUGACUCUGUCGUUUCUAUUCAGGACAUUUAGUAAUUCUACCGCACUCAUCAGUGUGUUCCGUACAACCCGUGCGAUUCAGACAACCUAUAAGUGGAUACAGUGUCUGAAAUUAACUCAUUUUUAAUUUAUACCAGGAAUAUCUUGUAAAUCAUCAAAACUCGUUUUAAAUUGGCCGUGUGCUUUAUUUUCAACCUAAUGAAAUGUUUAAAAAUAUAAAAAUAUAUAUUUUCUCCAUGUUUAUUUGGGUUGUGUUACCCAAAUGUGGUUUUUCUGUCAUCAGCACAGCUAUAUGCAUGUGGAUGAAUGGGAUUUCUCCCAAUUUUAUUUGAGAAAACCACUCGGUCUCCAAGUUCUUUUAAACGGGUGAAAAUGUGCCACAUGUACACAAGGUUGUAUGUAUAGACUGUACCCCACCGUAGGUAAGGAGGGAUGAAAUGGACUAAAUUGUGUUCAUCGUUUGACCCUUAGAGUGAUAAUGGUAUAUAUAUAACAAUAUCUGUGGUUCAGCUCUUUAAUUUGUGGCUUUGGGCCGUUAAAGAGAGUGGGGCAUUCAGAUCUCAAAUAUGACUAUUAAACAUGAGUAUUUGAAAGAA